AUGACAGCUGCCCAGCUCGCCGCCCAAGUACGAGAAGAACAAAGUGCACAACGCGCCAAGAGAGACGAAGAAAUGGAAGGAGAGAAGGAAGAUGCUGCGCGGGCCCUCGAGGACGAGUUUGAAGAGAUGGAAGGACUCGAGGAGAGGGUCAAGAGGUUACGGGAGCAGAGAGAGGCAUUGCGGACGGUGUCUGGACGGCCAGGUGAUGUACCAAACCAAGAGCCGACAGCCCCUCAGAAUGAAGAAGACGAAGAAAGCGAGUCGGAGGAUGAGGACUGGGACGACUGGCGGUUCCGCCCCGCAUAA